AUGCCUCCAACCCGUCGGCGGCACGAUGCUGUAGAAUCCGACCCAACGCGAGACGAACGCGCUCCAAGUCCGACCGAUCACACGACGACGAGCAAGCGGAUACGACUUGAAACGCGAGCCGCGACAGGACAGCCGAGCAGCACGACGACUGCUGCUCCCUCCUCAGACCAAGGCGCUGCCGACCAUGCAUCCGAUCAGGAGGAAGAACUCGAUGACGCGCUCCAAGAAUCAGACGCACUCAUGGCCGCGUCAGCGCCGCCGUCGGACGUGCUCGCAGCAAUCAUGUAUGCGCGCAACUUGCUCGUCGCCCCUCCUGUCGAGACGGCACACGGUUCAGCCAGUGGAUCGAGCAGUUUUACGCCGUUUGCCAUCACCCAGCGCCCUGGAGCCAAGACUGCGGCCAGAUUGGCGAGCAUUCUGCACAGCCGCGCUCAAAAGUCGUCAGCCUUGUUCCCACCGCUCGCGCUCAUGCAUCAACUCUAUGCUGUCGUCGACGAUCGGACGUCGGUGGAUCGUGAGCUAAUGCAACUCAAACAACGCAAUGUUGUUCGGCUGUUUCGACUCGACGUGGCGUCUGAGGACACGGCCAUCAUGGUGUUUGCCGAUUUUGUCGAGCAUGUUCAGUCCGUGAAAACGCCAACCAAUGAGAAGGCGCUUGAAUCGUUCGUCACGUCGCUUUUGCCAGCUGUGAACGAAAUGAGCGUAACGACACAGCAGCUCAAUAGUUCUGGAAUAGACGAGGCAGGCAUCGGCCUAUUAAUGAACGCGGGACUUCUCACGAUGAGAUCUGUCGGCUCCUUUUGGUUUGCUAUUCCUCGGGUUGGAGUUUUCAACAUUCAGCUCGCGCGAGGCCGCGCGGAAUUGUUAAGAAUUGUGCGAAAGGCCAAGUACAAAGAAGCCUCUGAGCAGGUGAGGCGAGAUGGAGCCUGGGAGGGGACUUGUGGUGCAGCUUCUAAAGUUUUCUCGAGUUUUCAACUUACCGUUGCCCCUUUUGCAGUCGCUCUACGCUCGUGUUCUGACCAAGUGUGA